ACAGUAUCAGGAACUGCUUUAUUUAUUUCUGAAGCACUGCUCGUCACAAACACAACCUCGCCGACACGCUUGGCACAAGCCCCUCUACGAUAGUAUUCACUUUAACACUGAAUCGACGAUAACUAGACUACACCGCACAAGCACAAAUGUGAAUAUACACUUCAACAUAUACCAUUUCCUCACGCAAACGUACACAUACAAAUCUAAAACACGUUAAAUUACUUCCAGCUAUAAGCAACUACAACGUACACCAUCAUCACGAAAACUGCUGUCCGAGCAGAAAAUCUUUGUCAACUUGAAAUACCUCUGGCGGCGAAGCGGGAAACUAACAACAUCAGAAAAGCGAAAUGGUGAAAUGCGUCAAAAUUUGAAUUGUGCCGUAAUAACGUAAACUUGCAUUGAUAUUGCAUAAUUCAAAUGCUAUUAAGUAUGUUGUAACUAUUAUGCCUGUUAUACGGUAAAUGAGAGUGUUGUGGGCGUUCUAAAAGUGGUUUUCUAUUCAGCAGAAAGUGAAUCCUAACCUCAUUCUGUAACCUAUAAAUUAAUUAGAGUUGGAAUAAAAAGAGUAAAGGAAAUUAUACGGAUAUGUUAAAUUUAAAUAUUGGUGUUUUGGGGCAUGUUGACAGUGGAAAGACAUCUUUAGCUAAAGUGCUAAGCACAGUUGCAAGUACUGCAGCCUUUGAUAAAAAUCCUCAAUCACAAGCCAGAGGUAUAACAAUUGAUCUAGGUUUUAGCUCUUUUACGGUUGAUGUGCCAGAUCAUUUGUUAAAUGAAGAACAAUCAGGAAAGUUGCAAUUUACUCUUGUAGAUUGCCCAGGACAUGCAUCAUUAAUACGAACAAUCAUCGGAGGAGCUCAAAUAAUAGAUAUGAUGAUAUUAGUUAUUGAUGUUACAAAAGGAAUGCAAACACAAACUGCAGAAUGUUUAGUUAUUGGAGAAAUAACUUGCAAGAAAAUGGUUGUUGUACUAAAUAAAACUGAUUUGCUGCCACCUGCUCAACGUAGUUAUUUAAUUGAAAAGAUGUCAAAAAAGAUGAAAAUGACAUUAAAGAACACAGUUUUUAGAGAUUGCCCAAUUGUGAGCAUUGCUGCUAAUCCUGGUGGAUCAGACAGCCCUUCUAAUGGUCCAGAGGGUAUAAAUGAUUUGAUAAACAUUCUGAAAGAAAUGGCUUAUGUGCCUAUUCGAAACAGAUUAAAGCCCUUCUUGUUUGCUGUUGACCAUUGUUUUAGUAUACGUGGACAAGGUACAGUGUUGACUGGUACAGUAUUGCAGGGAGAAAUUAAAAUUAAUGAUAUAAUUGAAAUUCCAGCUUUACAAGCAACAAAGAAAGUUAAAUCUCUUCAAAUGUUUAGGAUGCCAGUUGAGAAAGCUCAGCAGGGUGAUAGAUUAGGGAUUUGUGUAACCCAAUUUGAUCCAAAACUCUUUGAAAGAGGUCUAAUUGCUGCUCCUCACUUUGUGGUUUCUGCCUAUGCUGCCAUUAUUUCCAUACACAAAAUUAAAUACUUCAAAGGUUCCGUUGCAAGUAAAAGUCGUUUCCAUGUGACAAUGGGACAUGACACUGUGAUGGCUAGAAUAACAAUAUUUGGCUUACUUCCAAAAGAUUACUUGGAAGCAGAAUCCAAAUUACCUGACAACUACAUCAACCUUCAUUUUAAUUACAAGUAUUUGGAUGAACUAUUUUUAUUGAAUGAUAAUGACACCGAACAGUCAGAUGAUAUUCCAAUUAAACAAUAUGCACUUCUUGAAUUUGAUAAACAAUUGUCUGUUGUACCAGGUAGUGUAGUUAUUGGAUCAAAGUUAGAUAUUGAUUUCCAUUCAAAUACUUGUAGACUUGCCUUCUCAGGCUGCUUAUUGGAAUGUCUAGAAGAUAAAAAUUAUCCACAAACUGUAUUACCAAAUUUGAAAGUUUAUAAAGAGAAGUCCAAAUUGGGAUUGGUAGAAAGAGUUGUUAACACUCAAGAAGUCAUUGUGAAAAAGCUGUUCAAAAAAGAAACUAACAUUCCUCUAUUCUCAGGUUUAAAGGUGAAUUUAUCAACAGGUGAUAAAGGUGUAAUUGAAGGAUCAUUUGGACAAAGCGGCAAAGUGAAAGUCAGAAUCCCUGGGGAACUUUCACCAACAACCAUGGCACUUGUAGCAGGUCAAUCAAAAAAAAGAGGGAAACACACCAUUUGUCAAGCCUCUCCUGAAAUGGACCCAAUUACAGUAGAACUACAAUUUAAAAGACUCAUUUAUGAUCCCUUAAAAAAAAUUGUCCAAGACUGAUAAUUGUCAUAUUCAUUGUAUAUAACAAAGUAGCUAGUUGAUAAAAGUUAUUUACUAUCUGCAAAAUUUAAUACAAUAUGGUGACUGGCCUCCUAGAUUUCUGUCUCUUGUGAAAUGUUUCAUAACACAUAUACGAGAUGAAAGAAGAUUAUAUUUAAAGGCAAUAAACAUGUUUUGACUAUUUUUUCCUUUAUGUCAAAAGUUCAAUACAGUAGAAUUUGGUGAUGAGUCUUCUCCUAGAAAUUGUCUCUUAUGGAAUUUUUCAUAACAUAUAUAACAUUAUAUUUGAAGUCAAUUAACAUGUUAUCAACUAUUUUUUUCUUUAUCUCAAAAGUUACCUCCAGUAAGUUGAAAAUAAAUUAAGUAAAUGUACAAUAUUGUAAUAUAAUCCAUACCUAGACAUCUGUGAUACCACCAAUAAAAUUAUUUUAUAUAUUGUUGU